AUGGGUGGAUUUCUUUACACCGCGGAGGAACUUCGACAGCACGCCUUCUCCAUUGCCACCUCUAUUGCCACCUCUUCCAUCGAUGCAGAUGUGCUCCACCUUUGCAAGGCUUCAGGGAUCCUUCGGAGGAAGCGCUACACGCACAGAGGGCCACGCCGCUCCUUUACCAUCCAUCGAGUGACGGAGGAUGCCAUCCCGACUCUGCAGUCUCGAUGCGGCUCUCCUGGGCGACUCAAUCCAGUUGGCAACUCUGCACUCCGAAAGAAAGUCCUCCACGAACAUCUCAUCUCCAUACGGACUGUGCCUGCUGCUGCUUCUGUUGUUGCCACUGCUGUACCCGACGCUGCUACCACUGACUCCGAUCUGUGCACUGCUUCAGAGUUGGCCUUCCUGUUAGAACCCAACGAUGUCAUCGCCGUGCGCGACAGACCUCUGAUGCUGCACUGCCAAGUCGAGGGCGAGGGCCCCAUCGCCGUGACGUGGCGCAAGAACGGCGUUCCGGUGCCCACGGGCCCUGGUGCCCGAGCCAUGCUCAUGCCCAACGGAACCCUCCUCAUCCCGAGCUUCCAGAAGAGGCGAGACGGAGACGCCACCGACGCCGGGGAGUACCACUGCGCCGCCCAGAACCACUUCGGCAUGCUGGUCAGCCGCAAGGCCCACGUGCAGCUGGCAUCCCUGCCGAAGUUCCACACUCACCCGGAGUCCAUGUCGGUGAACGAGGGUGGAGUGGCUCGCUUCCAGUGCCAAGUCAACGGGGUCCCCGAGGCCAACAUCAUCUGGGAGAGAGACCGUGUGUCCGUCAACACCAAGGACAGCAGGUACACUCUGCUGCCCAUGGGCAUCCUGCAGAUCACAGGAGUGCGGCGGUCAGACGCUGGCCUCUUCCGCUGUGUGGCCACCAACAUCGCCAACACGCGCUACAGCCACGAGGCCCAGUUCAACAUCACCGGUGGUCCUCCCCGCGUGUACAAAGAGCCGGUGAUUCUGUCCGGUCCUCAGAACCUUACCAUCAAUGUCCACGAGACGGCCAUCUUGGAGUGCAUCGCCACUGGCAACCCUCGGCCCAUCGUGUCCUGGAGCAGGCUGGAUGGCCGCUCCAUCGGCGUGGAGGGCAUCCAGGUGCUGGGCACGGGGAACCUGAUGAUCUCCGACGUGUCCCUCCAGCACUCUGGUGUGUACGUGUGCGCUGCCAACCGCCCCGGUACCAGGAUGAGGCGUACGGCACUGGGCAGACUGGUGGUGCAAGCUCCCCCUGAGUUUCUGCAGUGGCCGCAGUCUGUGUCUAAAGCACUAGGUGGCAGCGCUGUGUUCUCCUGUGUGGCCCAGGGUGUCCCUGAACCUCACCUUAUUUGGCUGAAGAAUGGCAAGAUUCUGACUCCUGGUGACAAUGUCAAACUCACCAACAACAACAGCACCCUUGCCUUGACUCGCAUCACCUCCGAGGACGAGGCGAUCUACCAGUGCAUCGCCGAGAACAGCGCCGGCACCAACCAGGCGAGCGCGCGGCUGGCGGUCUCGCUGGCCAAGGAGCUGCCCGACGCCCCGGACGGCCUCAAGGCCACGGCGCUCUCCAGCGCCUCGCUGCAGGUGUCCUGGACGCAGCCGCCCGCCGAGGUCACAGAUGGCAUCAUCGGAUACGUGCUGCACAUCCGCAAAAUCUGCGAGCCAGACAGCAAGGAGCUGCAGGAGGCCAUCAGCAAGACCACCUUCCAGCACGACCUGACAGACCUGGACCCCGCCACCACCUACUCCAUCUACCUGAAGGCCUACUCCGCUCUGGGAGCCAGCUCAGCGUCCAGCACCGUGGUGGCUACAACACUAGGGGGAGUGCCCAGUACGCCAACCUUCUUCACCAAGGUGCUGAACUCCACUGCGGUGCAGGUCCUGUGGGAGCUGCCCAGUAAGGCUGGCAAGGCCGAGGGCUUCCGACUGUCCUACCGCAGGGUCCCCCAUGGAGAGUUCCAGGGGCCUCUGCAGAUGCCUUGCCAUGCCAAUGCCCACACCAUCAGCCAUCUAGAGCGAGGUGCUGUGUACGAGGUGAAGCUGGCGGCCUACAACGGCAACGGGGAGAGCGACUGCUCCAAGAGGCUGGUGUCUCUGGCCGAGGAUGGGACCAGUGCCAAGACCAGCAGUGAAGGAGAGACCCAGUGCACCUGCACACAGGGCAUGGAAGGCUCCAUGGGUGGCAUCGUGGUGGGCAUCCACAUUGGCAUGGCCUGCAUCAUCUUCUGCGUGCUCUUCCUCAUGUUUGGAUACCGGCGCAGUUUCUUCUGUAGGAAGGGGACUCAGGACAGUUGGUCCGUGCCACGGGGGGACGAUGGUGGACACCACACUCAGAACAACGGGGUGCCCAAACCAGGGGUGACCCGACCGGCUGAAGCCAUUGAGUUAGUGCCUCAGGGUCGUGACCCCACCAGCCAAGGAGGUGUUCCAGCUACUCGCCCAGGGCAGUGUCACGUUCUCAUCGAGCAGCACCCAUCUAACCUGCCUGGCACAGGCACGGGCACUGGCUAG